UCAGCAACUUAUAGUGGCACUGCAGCGGGCAUUAUGACACUGGGGGGAACUGACUUUGUGUCUCUGACAUCCCCAGUGACACCAAUACAGUGAUCAGUGCUAAAAAAAAAAAGCACUGACACUGUACUAAUGGCACUGGACAGGAAGGGGUUAACGUGAGGGACAAUCAAAGGGUUAACUGUGUGCUGGGAGUGUUUUACUGGAGGGUGAUGUGUUGGUGCUUCACUGUAAGCACACUACUCUGGAUGGCUGUGUUGUGCAAAGCCAUCCAGAGCAGUGUGCCUAAGCCAACAGGGAGGAGAACUGUUAGUAAACAAAGCAGCCCUCCUCCCCAUCGGAGAUCCUCGGUAAUCACCGGGCACCGGCCCGAGAAA